AUGUCGUCGUAUCCACAGCACGCAUCGCCUGCAGGCGCCGCUUACGGUGCAGCUAGCCCAAGCGUCAUCCGCAGUCAGAAUCUGCCCUACGUUCCGCCUCACGCUCAAUCAGGCCAAGGCCUCCCCAUGCUACCGUACACGCAGCAUCCUCAGCACCACUCCGGCUUCCCACCACCAAAUCAGCAAUUUCCUAAUCACUCGAGACCGAUCGCAGCGCUGCCCUCGCAUGCUCGCCACAUGCACGCACCGUCAAUGCCUUCAGCUCGUCCACAGAUCUCGUCGAGCAAGCCACAUACACCGUCUUCCAUCCUCCAGCAUCGUGGCAGCUCGACGCGCUUGCCGCACUUGUCUGGUGACGCUGAUGCGCCCUUCAAGCGUCUCAAAAUGGUCGGCGAUGGCUUCGAAGCUCCUUACUUGCUACCUGGUCCCAGUAACCGUAUUCUUCUCUCACUCAAGUCCGGCCUCCCCUCGCAGAUCGACUGGGCUCUCUCACGUCUGGUGCAGCUCACCUCCAACCAUCGCGACCAGGCUGCCCGCGAAUUCACCCUCGACAGCGUUCCUGGUCUCGCCGAUGUGUUGCUUUCCUACGUGUACAGGAUCCACGCCGCUCUCACUGGCGAGCACCCUUCCAAGUGGGCUGCUUCUUACUUCGAGCAGAACCUCGAAGCUCCCGACGUCGGCAUCGGCGCUCCAGGCGACGGAGGUCACCAGGGUAUCUCGACCUAUGCUAGCACUCUCGUCAAGCGCCCUCCACCGAUACCGGUCCAGCCCACAGCUUUCAAUCCAUCGUUCGAUGCAUCACACGCUGUCCUUAUGCGCAGAGCGCUCGAAGCCGCUCUGUCUCUUCGUAACCUCGCCAUGAACAGCUCCAACGCGCGCAGCUUGGCCUCCAUCAAGGGAAUCUUCGGCUUGAUCCGCAAUAUUCUCCGUCUUCCUGCCACCGCAGUCCAAAUGUACGCGCAGCCUACUCUCGACCACGAAGACUGCGAGUCGCAACCUGCCGAUGGCUGGCUUGAGGUGGAAGGCGUGGCAGAGCUGCGUCUCUACUUUCUGGACAUCUUCGAAACGCUGGCGUCCAAGGUUUCCUUGACAAGACGAGCAGCGACCGUGCCCCCCACCCCGAUUUCGACAGCGCUCGCUGCCGCCAGUGGGAAAGACACGGUGCCAGUCAAAGUCGAUGGCCCUUCUGCUGCCGACGACAUCUUUGCGACGCUGAUCAGCCUUGCGCUGAAGUCCAACGACCGCGCCUUCCUCCUGGGCUCGUUGCGCUGCCUCUCCACCAUGGCGGCCAUAGAGCGCAACGAAGUCGCCUUCAUCGAGGUCACGCUUCCUCACGGACAACACUCACCCGGACUUUUGCAGCGCUGCGUCGAGUUGCUGCCCUUGACCCAAGACACGGAGCUGCUUGAUGCUGUCCUCGACCUGCUCUACCAGCUAGUCUGCAUCGGCAACAACGCAAUCAAGAUUGCUGCACCGUUCGACUCCGAGCCUCGAAAGCAUGGGACCGCCAACUCACAUACAGCUUCAGCAGUGGCCACCCGAGCUACUGCCAAAACGAACGCGCUCGUCCGCCUGCUCUUGCGCAAUCUGCAAUUGGGCCGAACCAUGUGGGAGCGUCUGAUCCCACUUAAAGUGCCCUCAGCUUGGUUGUCCAGUGUACCCAAUCGCCACAUCGAGACGAUGCGCAGGCGACGCGAUCUUCUGAUGCGGAUCGCCAACGAAACGCCCGAAGAACGAGCCAAACGCAAAAAGCUCACGCCGCAAGAACGCAAGAGCCUGCUCGGCCUCAAGGAGCCCGAGCGCGGCAUUGCAUGGAUGAAAAUGGUCUUCCAACGCGACGCGACCAAGGAGGUCACUCAGAUGGAGUUCUGGACAGCCUACAAGGAAGAGUUUGGUCAGCAGAGCGACGGUGUGCCACUGCAGCCCGCUGCCGAGCUGAUCCGUGCCGUAGGCCAGGUGUUCCCAGCAGCGUCGGCGAUGGUGGUGCAAGGCAAGGAGGGCCAACCGCAAAGAUUCGUCAUCCGCGGCAUCAGCGUCAAGGAUCGAGAUAUCGACACGCUCGAGCCGUUCCGCUGCUAUUGGUCAACGUGCCCUGCCCCACACACCAACACGCUCGAGUCGCAGCGAAGCCAUGCCAAGCUGCACGCAGAAUACGCUUCGGAUGGACACUGCCGAUGGAGGCGAUGCAACUACGACGUCAAGAGCUCUAGCACGUCAUCGACCGAGGCAGAGCAGAAGCGAACACUGGUGGCGCACGUGCUAACACACAUCAAGUCUGACGAGUCUGGCAGUGGUCCGUUCAAGCCAAGUAAACGUGCCGAUAUUGUUGUGGACGAGGACUUGCGCGUGGUGUCGGGAGCUACGCACACUGGUGAAGCGGCGCGGCUAGUCACCACCAAGGCGUCGCACGGUGGACGCGUGUUGCGCGGCAAGCGCGACUCGGAUGGCGUCGAAACUGCCUUCACGCUGGGCAAGACAGCACCAGCAAACGGGACCGCCAAUGGCCAUGUUGCCACCUCAAAUGCGGCGCCGUCGACCGGAACGGUGGACAACCCGGGCUCGUACGUAUUGGAUGUGACGCGCACGCCCACGGCGGGCAACGAUGACAAUCUUUCACCCCAAGGCCCGGCGUUUACGUCGAUCUUGAUCCUACGCAUGCUGACGAGGAGGGCGGCGUCGUUGUUGCAGAAAGCAGGAUCGAAGAGGAGCAACGAGACCGAGGACGCCGAGGACGCAGCAGCGGUUCGAGGACAAGGCGAUGAAAAGUUUGGACUGCCGCUGCCCGCCAAUUUUGGAUCUUCGGACCGUGGCCGGCGUGUCGAGACUGGCGAUGCGAAUACGGCCAAUGGCAAUGGCAACAGCCACGGCAAUGAAGUCGACGGCGAUUCCAUGUUGGACGGUGAGGACGAGGACUACGAGACCACGGCGGUUUGGGCGGUGGAAGCAGCUACGCGGCUGUUGGAUGCAGUGGAAGGAGUGGAAGAGGACCUGAUGCACCACUCGUCCCAGAACGAUAUUUUGUCCUCGUACAUCAACGAGACGCUGUUGGAACUGCGUCGACGUCCCACCGUUGGCGCUCCAGGCUCGAGCCUACUGGGGCAAGUAGACCCUAGAAUCUUGAACGUAGAAUCUUGA